CUCCCGGCCGCCCCGGAGCAGCGCUUCUCCCCGGCCCACGCCAGCAGCCCUUCUCCCUCAUGAGCGAGAAACCCUCUCUCUCCCGAAUCUCUUUCUCUCGCUAGCUCCCAAGCGGGACCGAGCAGAGGGUCUUGGAGCCCCAGCCUCUGCCCAGGGCUCUUGGGAUGCACGACAUUGUCUCGGAAGGGGCGCGCGGUGGGGCGGGAAUGACCUCGGAAGAGAAGGGCAUCCGCAGAAAGGAUGCAGCUGCAGAUCCGUAGCUGGCGGCCGCCACGGAUAAAGGUUCGAUGAUGGCUCAGUUGGGAGCAGUUGUGGCUGUGGCUACCAGUUUCUUUUGUGCAUCUCUCUUCUCAGCUGUUCACAAGAUAGAAGAGGGACACAUUGGGGUAUAUUACAGAGGCGGUGCCCUGCUGACUUCCACCAGCGGCCCUGGUUUCCAUCUCAUGCUCCCUUUCAUCACAUCAUAUAAGUCUGUGCAGACCACACUGCAGACAGAUGAGGUGAAGAACGUGCCUUGUGGGACUAGUGGUGGUGUGAUGAUCUACUUUGAUAGAAUUGAAGUGGUGAACUUCCUGGUCCCAAAUGCAGUGUAUGAUAUAGUGAAGAACUACACUGCCGACUACGACAAGGCCCUCAUCUUCAACAAGAUCCACCACGAACUGAACCAGUUCUGCAGUGUACACACACUUCAGGAGGUUUACAUUGAGCUCUUUGAUCAGAUUGAUGAAAAUCUCAAAUUGGCUUUGCAACAGGACCUGACUUCCAUGGCCCCUGGGCUUGUCAUCCAAGCUGUGCGGGUGACAAAGCCCAAUAUACCUGAGGCAAUCCGCAGAAACUACGAGUUGAUGGAGAGCGAGAAGACAAAGCUGCUCAUUGCAGCCCAGAAACAGAAGGUUGUGGAAAAAGAAGCCGAGACAGAGCGGAAGAAAGCCCUCAUUGAGGCAGAAAAAGUGGCUCAGGUUGCAGAAAUCACCUAUGGACAGAAGGUGAUGGAGAAGGAGACUGAGAAGAAGAUAUCAGAAAUUGAAGACGCUGCGUUUCUGGCCCGGGAGAAGGCAAAGGCUGAUGCUGAGUGCUACACUGCUAUGAAAAUGGCUGAAGCAAAUAAGCUAAAGCUGACCCCAGAAUAUCUGCAGCUGAUGAAGUACAAGGCCAUCGCUUCCAACAGCAAGAUUUACUUUGGCAAAGACAUCCCUAACAUGUUCGUGGACUCGGCAGGCAGUUUGGGCAAGCAGUUUGAGGGGCUAGCUGACAAGCUGAGUUUUGGCUUAGAAGAUGAACCCUUGGUGGCAGACACCGAGGAGAACUGAAACAAGAGUUUUAUACAGCAGAUAAUACUUCAAGAGAUCUUUAUUUUUCAAUGAUGAACAAAGAUGCCCCUCCCUCUCGCACUACCUUCUUUGACUUGUCUUCCACAUUCUGUGGUGAAAAAAGAAGAGAUUGACUUAAAUCUAUUUCCCUGGGAAGGGAGGGCAGGGAUUGAUAAUUUUGGGGUUUUAUUCAGGGAAGUAGGUUAUAUGGCUUCUGUUAAGAUUUGUAAACUAUGGGUUUGAACUUUGACCUCCAGACACUAAUUGUAGUCCUUGGAAGCUGACUUAGUUAAGGAUGCUGUCGAUAAGGAGUGGGAGAAAUGGAGGGUAUUGCCUGUAGGUGAUUUGAUUUCCCUUAUUUGGGAAAACGUGGUCCAGAUUUCUCGCCCCUGCCUCCGAGGUGGGAGAUGCCUGUGGGUGAGGCUCACAACUGAGCAAAUAUGUGCUUGUAGGUUUGCCAGGAGAACCAUGGGGAAACAGCUGUGGCGUUUUUGCUCUCGUGCUGUUUUCGUCAGUGCACACGUGAGUCAUUGUAGAGGUGCACUUGAGCCCUCAUGCGGAAGAACCGGUGCUAGAUUUUGCAAGCUUUUCUCUACACGGUACCCUCCCUUGCCCUAGGGCAUAAGGUGAUGUUUCCCACUGCAUUGCCAGAGUCAGGGUUUGAUCAUCACCACACAAUUCUUUUUAAAACUUUUCACCUAUUCUGUGUGAAAAGUUUGGGUUUUGUAUUUUUGUUUUGUUUUGUUUUUCCUCUCAAUCUCUUCAUUGGUUCCAGUCAGCAUCAAGAAGACAGGAACAAACAAUUUAAGUGUCUUAGUAGCUGCUAAAGUGGGAUCAUUAUGUCUGUUUGCCAAUAGUACCUGCUUGGCAAACUCUGUAUGUUCCUUGAGAUCAAGUGUCUUUUUUUUUUAAUCCUCACUCAAAGAUAUGGUUUUUUUUUUAAUUGAUUUGAGAGAGAGAGAGAGAGAAACAUCUAUCAGUUGUCUCCUGUAUGUGCCUCGACCCAGGAUCAAACAUGAAAUCCAGGUGUGUGCCCUGAACAGGAAUUGAACCAGCCACCUUUUGGUGUACAGGAUGAUGCUUCAACCAGCUGAGCCACACUGGCCAGGGCAAGGUCAAGUAUCUUUUUAUUGUUGUGGAGAUUCUGAAUUGAAGAGCUGCUCUGGAAGAGAAAGGAGGGUUUUCCAAAAGGGUUCCUAAUCUUCAUGUAUAUGGCUGGUGCUGGGGUUUGCCUGGUGUAUUGACAGCACAUGUUUUUAAAUCCAGGGCUCCAGCAACCACACAGGGAUCAGAUGGAAUGUUCAGUCUCCAGAAACAGCUGUGUGGGUGCAAGGCAGGGUUCAUGCCCAAGUGCCUAGGUUGGAAUGGCUGCAUCCAAAUCUGUUCAGGUGUUUUCUUUUUCAUUACUAAUUAGGAAAAGUUUGAGUCACUCUGGCAGAUUUGGGAUGGGGGAAAACAAACAUGAAAGAAAGGUGUCUUAUAUCCUGGAAUUGGAGUUGUAGGUGGGGGAUCCAGCCUGUACAGCCCAUGAGUUGGGUACCAAAUUGUUAAGUGGAGGGCAGCUAGCUGGAAUUAACUGGCAAGCGUGUUACUCUUCUCCAUGAUGAGCUCUGGCUUAGGAUUUGGCCUUGUUAUUAGCUACACACCCCCUAAAAAAAUACUCCCACUGUACCCCUCUUCCCUCAGUGAAACUAUGAACGCUACUUUCUGGCACACAGCCCCGCCACUUUUUUGGUCCCAUGCCCAGACUUCUAGUUUAUCAAAUGGCACCAGAACUCAGGCCAAUGUGCUCCUAAGCAGCAAGUUUGGGGAACAUUCAGCCUCCCUUGGAAGAUGUUGCCCUUCUCUUUUCUAAUUUGGGGGACUAGAAUUCUCAAACCACUGGUCCUGAUCACAUUUUGUGCAGACAGCUAAAUGUUCCUGAGAGCGAUGGAUUUGAAUAUGCUUGGAAGUUCUCACAGAAGGCAGUCAGUCUCCCAAGACCAACACAGAGUCUUCAUUAUUAAGAUAUACUCACCCUCCUCCCAUUCCAAUGCCAUUAAUCACUUGUUAGGAGCAACAUGUCACAUACAUCAUCCCUGAUUUACAUAUUUGUCUGCUCCCUCUACUCUGAGACUAGCUACCUAGGCCUCAGGAAACCCUACUUCACUACAGCUGGAUGAGGAUCAAGGAUAUCUCAGGCUCUUGGAAUAGCACGUUCACUCAGGUUCUUACAUUGAAAGUCUCUCUAAUACUAACAUCCUGUAAUAGCUUGUCCCUUGCACUAGAUACUCUUUGACCACAGAAGAGCCUCAAUAGCGUAAAGUCCUGCAGACCCUACCCUCUUCGAUGUUAAUGUCGCUUCCCCUUUAAACAAAAAAUGUAAAUGUUGUAGUACCCACUAGUUUAAAUCCAGUGGUUGUCUGUACCUGCCUGCAUAGUAUGAUCAUGGGAGUCAGCUGUUUCGUUAGCAUGGGACAACUAACCAAUCUGUCUGUGACUUUCUUUAACAGUUAUCAGAAAAUCUGAUCUUAAUAUCUGAAUUCUAAACAUAUAAAAUGUGACAGCCUGCAAUUUUGUAGGCAAUAAAGUCAUGGCUGCUAUUUAUAAAUGGAACUUCAAUCAAAAUAACUAACUUUAUAAAAUUCAGUUUUUGUAUAGUUUUCCAAGGAAAAGUCACCUUGGUUGAAUGUUUCUCACUCAUUAAACUUCACAGAAGUGAUUCGUAUUUGGUACUGUUUAAUCACUUUUUUAUAUAAGGAUAGAAUGUUUGCAAGGAAGCUAAAGUUUGUUAAUAAUUUUUAUAUGACUAAAAAUAAAUUUGGAGGGAUCUAUAAUCAUAUUAAGUUGAGGGGGAAAAAAAUCACUGAAAGAAUUUUAGCAAUAUAGCAGGUCCUCAACCUCAUUUCAUUCAACUUUGUUUUGUUAUAAUAUUGAUGAGAUGUCAUAGGAACUUAACUCUUGUUUGUAUCACCUGUUCUAAUAUUCUAAUAUUAGAUUCUUGUUAUAGUAAUCACUGUAUAAAUGAAUGAUAUGCUGGAUUAAUUACCUUGGGUUGAUAGCUAGAGGAAUUGUUUUGGACAACACCAAAGGUGUGAAUGUAUGUGUUUUAGUUUUAUUUUCUGUCUUGCUAAAUAAAAUGAGUCUUUGUAUUUACUUUUUUAUUAAAUUGAAAUCUAGCAGUAGCUAAUAUUCUUACUGUAUAUUGAUCCAAAAAAAGAUGUUUCAUAAAUGCUCUAUUGCAAUUUCAAUGGGCCUUUCAACACUGAUAAGUUUAUCAUUUAUAUAGAGUAAAUAGUAAAAGUAAGAUCAUCAUAUUUACUGACUCAUCUUUUUAAGUGUGGGGAUAAAAUGUACAGAUGCUCCUCAACCUGUGAUGAAGUUCCAUCCCAAUAAACCCAUUGUAAGUUGAAAACAUAUUUAAUAUGCCUAACCUACUGAUAUUUAUAGCUGAGCAUAGCCAACUUAAACGUGCUCAGAACACGUACAUUAGCCUACACUUGGGCAAAAUCAUCUAACACAAAACUUAUUUUAUAAUAAAGUGUUAGAUAUCUCAUGAAAUUUAUUAUGUGUAUCAUUUUGGCACCAUCAUAAAAUCAAAAAAUCAUAAGUGAGGGACCAUCUGUAACUUGGCUAGCUGCUACUCUGUGUCUAUGAACCUAACCGCCACUCCUUUAGUUCUAUUCAGUAGGGAUCUAGCCAUUGUUUUUAUUGUUUUCUUAUAAAGGAGGUAA